AUGCCGAUGAUAAUGCUCUGGAUCACGGCUAUCGUAGCAUGUAUUUUGUUGUUCUCUGCUGCUUCACAUAGCGAUGAACGCGAACCAGCUGAAACCAGGUACGAUGGAAACUCCUAUGAAGGCUUCAGUACUACUAUAAAACAUUAUUGCCCUGUAGUGAAACCAGGAAUCUUUGCUAGUGGAGCCGUUCUGUCCCUCGUGAGUUCGAUUCUUGGCAUUGCCUGUAUCGCCUUAACUUCCAGAUCAAGCCGAGCUGAUACCCCGACGUUGGACAAUCCUUCUGAUGAUCCUAAGCAAGGAGGGCAGGGAGAGAUUAUUGCUAUAGGAGAACCUCAGUUUACACCUAAGAAUAAUAAUGCUCAACAACCUGUUUAG